GCCACUGAUGUGGUCACUGUGAUGGGCACAGCCACCACCAUGGCUGCCAUGACAAACAUGGCCACAAUUACAGGUUUAGCCACCACUAUAGGCACCAUGAUGGACACAGCCACCACUAUGGGCAGCACUACGGGCACAGCCACCACCACCAUGGGCACCAUCAUGAACAUGGCCACCACUACAGGAAGCACCAUGGGCACAGCCAAAACCAUGGGCACUCGGCACACAGCCAUGGGGUCUGGGGUGGGCUGGCCUGAGCUUGGGUGCAGUCAGUGCCAAGCCAGUCACCUCAGCAAAAACUGCAAGAGCAGCAUCACAGUCAGGAUGAGUUUUGAACAUAAGCUCACUCAGGUCUUCAGUGAGCAUGACUAUCAUCCUGUGUGGUUUGUCGGUGGCAGCAGCUGAACCCAAAAUAGACUGCAGGCUGCUACGCAUUGCAGCAGCACAGGACUGUGCUCACCAGACUUUCCAGAAGCCCUCAAGCACCAUAGGCUGGGUGUGAAGAGGGGCCGGAACAGCACCAGCCAGGGAGAGGAAUUUCCAUCCCCCAGUUGCCCUUUAGUAAUAGCAACAAGUGGUUCUUCCCCUGGGGAGAGUCCAGAGCUGUCAUGGAAAUCCUGGACAGGGGCUAUAUAAUGCUGAGGUACAAGCAGGUAGCACUCAGCAGCACCAAACCAGCAAGAGCUACUGGUUCCUGGAGCUGACAGCCACCCAGAACGGACAUGAAGAUCUACUCCUUGGCCAUGGUCACUCUGCUGCUCGCAGCUGUCUGGACUGAGAGCUGGGGCAAGUCCUUCCGCAGCUCCUACAGCUCCUGCUGCUACAAGAACAUGUUCAUCCAGAGGGAAAUCAACACCUCGCUCAUCCGCAGCUAUCGGGAAACACCUCCAAACUGCUCCCGCAGAGCCAUUAUCGUGGAGCUGAAGAAGGGGAAGAAGUUCUGCGUGGACCCUGCAGAGGGCUGGUUCCAGCAGUACUUGCAGGGAAAGAAGCUGAGCAACGCCUCAACAUGAGCUGCUACCAACACCAGCUCUAUUUCUACAUACCCUGCCAUGACCUGUCAGUGCCUGUAAUGUCUCAUUAACUUACGGAGCCAGCUCUACCUUGUCCCCCUUUGUCCCACUUCACACUACUGUACAGCUCUACUGAGAUUCAAUAAAACUACUUGCUCUGACCUGCACCUGUGUGGCUGUAGUGAGAUAUGAAUCCUGCACUGGGAAAGAGAGGCUGUGUUGGGGUUUGCCUCACUGUGAGGACCUGGGAACAGCCCAGAAGGCAUUAGGAAAUGUGAAAUCAGAAUGGUGAAGGUUCUGUACGCCCUCCAACAGUGUAGACCCUGCCUGGGUGUGGGCUUAAGGGUGCUCUGCACAGCUGUUCACUCCAUGCAAUGUUGAUUUUGGCUGAUGUUGGAGAAACGUUGGGUUUGAGGGGAUUCACUGCAGGGUCAGUGCAGAGCAGACAGAUGGGUUUCAUGAGGCGUCAGGAGCUGGCCAGUCCCCACUGGACACUAAAGCAGAAACUGAAAGCAGUGGCCCAGUGGCCAGCAGUUCCCCUUUCGUAGCUUUAUUUCUCCAUUUCAGUAAAACUGCAGGAAUUCUAAGAUAAUUUCCUAGUUAUUACGUACUCAUCUUUUGUUCCUCGAAACCCUU